CAAAGUUUUAGUUAAUCAAAUCAAUAAUGAAUUAAUAAUUUUUCCCACUUUUUACAUUGAAUGAAUUUUGAAUGAAAAGAUGUUUUUUGAACAGAUAUACACUUAAGCAAGUCAAGAAAGGAAAUCUUACUACAAUCCCGUUCGAAUUGAAGGAUAUCUCCCUCAUGGAUCCAAAACGUGGAUUAAUCUUCCCAAAACUAACUUACAGCCCAGUAAUCACCGCUAAAAUAAAAAGGCUUACCGACAAAUUUAAAUCGUACUGGGGUCAACUAUCUCAAAGUGGCGCGCUGGAAAUGGGCUACAAUUCUGCAGCCGCAAACGAAAAGUUGGACGAGUUGUCGAUGCCGAUUGACAAAUGGUUGUCGGGACAUAACCUUAGCGAGCUAAUUCCGCUCUUUUACCCUCCCAUUACUGCUCAGGGAUACGGCGACGUGAGAAAUAUCGCAGUAUUGUACGCCAUGAAACUCAUUGUUGCCGAGGACAUCGAGUUGCUGACCUUAAUCGGUGACAACACCGCUUUUCAGGUGAAGGAAGGAUUCGACACGUUUGUCCACAGAAUUGCAGAAACCGUACGAGAUAAAUACCUCGGGUGGAGGGCGGUCAGGAUAGAGAGAUUACGGCAGACGGGAACGCAACAGGUGACAUUUCGCGUGGGAAAUUUUCAAAUUGUGCGUACCUGUGGGAAAACAAUUCUCGCCUUUCCCCCACUCCUGGGGCAAGUUGCCACCCUACUUAGCGAUAUUAAUUGGAAGGAGAAACACAUUUUUAGUCAAGUAAAAGUCCACAAAUAUAUGACGAGUGGAAAUGACAUCCCGAAUUUGCAACGAAACGUGUACCUUGGAUUAGUACCAAUUAGCCGGAAUGAAAGUCGCGACAUAAUCCCCGAACUUAUUCCGUACGCAGGUGAUGGAGAAGUGGUCGCGUUUACCAAGCAAAUGAAAGGGACACGCCCUUACUACACCGGGUAUUCCUGGAUUUAUGGAGAUUAUACCGACCCAGCGAAUGGGGCUGAUAUAUUCCUUAUGCUCACCAAGUUGACAGGAACACUAAGAAAGAUACAUCCAUUUUCCAGAACGCUUUUCACCUCGGUCACCGAUUACUUUCCCCACGUGACCGGACAAUCCAUCAGGGACGGUUUUUACCGUGAUUUUGAGUCAAUUCAAGGUGAUGGAGGGCUUUAUUUUGCCACGACGCUGCUCACGUUUGAAACUGUAAAUGGUGCGAUUGAAAUGGGAGAGAAAUUCGUGGAUAAGUAUUUUUGACAUGUCGAAUUGUUUCAAAAUAUUACAAUUUGUUAAGUCGCUGAAUUAUUAUUUUUUAUUUAAAAUUUUCAAGCGUAUCGAUGCAGUUAAAGUUGUGUAAAUAUGUGCGUAUGCUUAUGGAGGAAGGGUUAAGUUAAGUUAAUUAAAGUAAUUAAUACCCGACUGGAAU